AUGCAUGGUGCUGAUAUGUUAAAACAAGAUAAUACUGGUCGAAAUUCAUUUCAUUUAGCUGUAUCAACUGGAAAUAAUCGAUUAAUUCAACAUUUUUUUUCACCUUUCGAUACUGAACAAUAUAUUGUUCAUAUACCAGAUGCACAAUAUUGGACACCAUUAAUGUGUGCUUGUGCUAGUAAUCAUCCAUCUACCUGUGCUUUUCUAUUAUCUCAUGGUGCAUAUCUAUGUGCUAUGAAUGAUCAAGGCAUGACUGUUCUUCAUAUUGCUGCUUUUCUUGGUUCAUUACCAAUAAUUCAUGAAUUACUUAAUUCAUCCGUUGAUGAUGAAAUAAUUCUUAAAAUGCUCAAUCAAGGUGAUCAUAAAAAUCAAACACCAUUAUUUUAUGCUUGUAUUGAAGGUCAUAUUGAUGUUGCAUUAACUUUACUUCAUGCCGGUGCUAAUGCUUAUCAUUUAGAUAAUGAUAAUCAAACAUGUUUACAUGCAAUGUUAUCAUCAAGUAUUAUUUUAAAACGUCAUAUACGUUUAUUUUAUUGUUUUAUUGAAUAUGUUGAUUUUCAUUAUUAUCAAGAUUAUCUUAGUCGUACAUUACUUGAUCUUGCUUAUUUAAAUCAAUUAAAUACAAUUAUUUAUUUAUUAAAAUUACUUAAUUAUAAACGUAAUUAUAAUAUUAUUUCAAAUAAUGAAUUAUAUGAUAAUAAUAAUAAUAAUAAUAAUAAUUUAUCAAUAAAUGUUUUAUCACUUCGUCAUUUAUGUAUACUUAAAUUUAAAUGUUCAAUUAUUUAUUAUCAUAAUAAAAAACAAUUAACACAACAUGAUUUAUUAGAACAUGCAUUACAACAAUGUUUUCAAAUUAAUAUUAAUUUAUCAUUAAGUUCAAAUGAAUUAUUUUAUAGAAAAUCAUUAGAUGAUAUAUCAUUAAUAAAUAAAAAAUUAUUAAAACCAACAAAAAAAUCACGAAAAAAUUUAAAUAUAUGUUCAUCAAUACAAAAUGAUAUUGAACAAUCAAUACAACAUACACAAUCAAAUUGGUCAAUAUUUACAAAUAAAUUUAAAUAUCAACGAACAUCAUCAUCAUCAUCACAACAACAAGAAUCAAUGAUUCUAUCAACAAAUUUAUCACAAUCAUCAUCAUUAUUAUCAAAUUAUGAUCAUCCAAUGAAAAAUUUAGCUUUAAUUAUAUUAAAAUCUCCAAAUAAACUUGAUGAUCUACUUGAUUUUCCUUCAUUAAAUAAUAAUUCUUUACUUUAUGAUGAUAUGAAAACAAUAAUGAAUACAUAUAAUCUUGAUGAAAUUGAUUCAUCUAAUCAAAUAUAA